UACCCUGAAAGAGGAGUAGAAAAAAAAAUUAAGACGUCAGGCGCUGUGAGGGCAGGUUCGCGCUUGCGCAGAGAGCGCGCGGUGACCGCCGGGCUCCGGAUUGGAAUGCGGGCACAGAGCGAGGGCACGAGCCAGCCAGCAGCACGUUACCACCGGGGCCGGCUCUUCCUCAGACCAGGCUCCGCCCCCCGGCCCGGCACAGCCCCCUGACUCUAUCCGCUGGAACUUGUUGCUGGAUGCUCGGACUCCGGGAGCAUGUUGGGGCAGCAGCAGCAGCAUUUCCUAUACUCCCCCGGGAGUAGUGUGACCGGCGGGUUGGCGGAGGAGGGCCAGCUGGUCGGCUUUGUGGAGGAGUACCUGGAGUGCGUGGAGUCCGUGCCGCUGGAGAUCCAGAGGAAUGUCUCCUUACUGCGGGAGAUCGACACCAAAUACCGGGAAACACUUAAAGAAAUCGAUGAUGUUUUUGACAAAUAUAAAGAUGAAAGUGACCCAAAUCAAAAGAAGCGUCUUUUACAGCAUCUUCAGAGGGCCCUGAUUGUAACUCAGGAAUUAGGGGAUGAUAAAAUACAGGUAGUUACACAGAUUUUUGAAAUGGCAGAGAACAGAAUCAAGCAGAUGGAAAUCCAAAGUAGGUGUUUGUUUGAACCAGAGGAAAGUGAAAAGUCUGCAGAAAAAAUAAAGGUUGAAACUAACUCCAUUGAAAGGUCAACUCGUAGACCUCGUAGACAGCGUAACAGCGAAAGUCGGGACUUGUGUCACUUGGUCAAUGGAAUAGAUGAGGGGGAGGAACUUCCACCCAAGGAAAAGAAGACAAAAUCUUCCAAAAAGAGGAAACGUUCCAAAGCCAAGCAGGAAAGAGAGGUGUCUCCUGUGCCUUUUGCAAUUGACCCCAAUGAACCCACAUACUGUCUGUGCAACCAAGUAUCCUACGGAGAGAUGAUAGGAUGUGACAAUGAGGAGUGUGCAAUAGAGUGGUUCCAUUUUUCUUGUGUUGGACUAACGUAUAAACCAAAAGGUAAAUGGUACUGCCCUGACUGCAGAGGAGACAAUGAAAAGACAAUGAACAAAAAUAUGGAUAAAACAAAAAGGGACAGGCGCUCUAGGUAGUGCAGGAGAAUGUGUUUUUGUUUUUGUUUUUUUGUAUAGUGUUUUAGGUCAAAUGCAACAAUUUUUAAUAGAAUUGGAAUAUUAAAAUAUGUCUUGGAUUUUUUUUUUUUUUAAGUUUGGGUUUCUUUCCCAUGGUCAUUGACUUUUUCUUAACUUUAUAAUCCGGCCUGACUCAUUUAAUUGAAAAUAGUUUUUUGUUUAAUAUAGAUUUUCUUUUCCUAGUGUUGUAUAAAUACACUUCCCAUUAACUGGUAUUCUGUUCUGUGCCCCCCCCCCCCCCCUUUCCCUCUCUUCCUUCAUGAUAAUCACUCUUUGAACUUUAAUUGGGUCUCAUCUGGUUUUUCGCAUGGUGUUGGUUCCUACUGCUCUUCAAGGAAACAGACGAAGUGAAUUCUUUAUUUGGAUAUUCAUAAAGCAAUGUUGCAGGAAGCUUUGUGGUUAUCUUGCCGGCAAAUACAUACAUUACCCUCAAUAUUUAGAGAACACCAGUAUGUUUCUUUUAAUUUAUAAUUUCUACCUAUUUUUGCAUAGAUAUCCAUCAUAUGUAACUAAAGAAAAAUUGUCAUGUUUUUAUUUAUUUUUAUUUUUUUAAUGGAUGAUUACAUGUAUUGUAGACAAUACAUAUUUUGUAAUGUACACAGAAGUAAAUACAUAUUUUACAGUG